GGAGUCCCAUUGCAUCUGUGAGCUGUUGCCCAGCAUUUCUCAGGAGGGAAGAGUUGGGGAGGCUCUGGCAGCUUGGGAAACGUUUUAACUUUAAAGUCACCGGUUUGCAGGAAUACAUAAAGUGGAAUAGCAGAUUGGGACACGAGUGGAUGGAAAGCAAACACCUUUCUUUACUGUAGGGUUGCUGAAAUUCUACUGUAACCUUCUAUAGUAAAGACUCACUAAAUCUGUUUGAAGAUGGCAUCAGAAGAAGAGUAUGAAGAAGAGAUUAUGGAGGAGUACUACUAUGAGGAGGGUCCAACAGUCACCACCACGACCACCUCAAUGUCUCAUGGUGUUGAGCUUGGACCUGGUGGUCUUCCCAAACGCACGGUUAGGAAGAAGGUGAAGGUGGACACCUCCAAGUUCAUGACUCCUUAUCUGGCACACAGUCAGAAGAUGCUUGACCAGUACAGCCAUAAUAAGUACAGGGAGGCAUAUGAAAAAUCAAAGGGGCAGCCCUAUGCCAUUUCGGCUGACACACCUGAGAUGAUUCGCAUCAAGAAGGCCCAGGAGCAGCUCAGUGAGGUGAAAUACCGUAUGGAAGGACUGAAGGCUAAAACCACCAGCCUUUAUGAUGGUGAGGCUCGGGAGAUUGCUCAUGUGAAGCACGUCUCUGAACUCAUCAGCAAAGUUCUGUACAGGCAAAAAUGGGAUGAGACUAAGGAUAGGUACUUGCUUCCUCCGGAUGCCCCUGAGUUGGUUCUUGCUGUGAAGAAUGCAGCAAAUUACAGCAAAAAACUGUACACAGAGGCAUGGGAUGAGGAUAAAACCAUGUACUAUCCAUACAGUGACAGUCCAGAGCUGCGCAGGGUGGCCAAGGCCCAACAUGACCUCAGUGAUAUUGUGUACAAGAAGGGCCAUAAUGAGCGCAAGGCAAAGUACACAUGUCUGGCUGAUCCCCCAGAGGUUGAACUGGCCAAGAAAAACUUCGCCAAUCGUAGUAAUCUUAAAUAUCAUGAGGAUUACAACAAGAACGUCAAGGGCCAAUGGUGUGAAACCCCUUACUUUGAUGUCGCUGUUGCUAGAAUGGCUAUGGACAACAUCAGCGACAAAAAAUAUACGGCUGAUUUUGAAGAUAUGAAAGACCAAAUUUAUUUUAUGCAAACAGACACACCAACAUACGCUUCCAAUAAAAAGGCUCGUGAAGCUGCAAGUACGGUCAAAUAUAAGAAGGACUAUGAGAAGACAAAAGCAACGUCCGAUUACAACGUUCUCCCUGCUACAGAGAACCCCCUUCUCAGACAGCUGAGAUAUGCAGGCACCAUCUUGAGUGAUAAAGUAUAUAAAGCUAAUUAUGAAAAGUCCCGGGGAUUCAGCAUCAAUUACUGCGACACUCCCAAAUUCAAGAUGGACAGUGUAUUGAAGAAGUUCAAUGAUAUCCGAUAUAAAGAAAAGUAUGAAAAUGAGGUGAAGGGUCAUUAUGUUGGUAGCUAUGAAGAUGUAUUUACAGUUCACUGCCAGAAGAUGGAAGAACUGAAGAAUAAUCAAAUCUACAAAGCUGAUUAUGAGGAUGCGAAGACAAGGUGUUUCUUCCCUCAAACAGUUACACCUGAAUAUGAGGCCAGUAAGAAGCUUCAGCAAUGUCAAGAUAAAGUUUAUCGUCAACAUCCAGACAAGGUGAAGUUCACACAGGUGACAGACUCCCCUGUUCAAGUGCAAGCUGCCAUCAACGCCAAACAACUGAGUGAUCUCAACUACAAGGAAAAAUACGAGAAGGAGAAGUUUAAGUGUUACCUUCCUGCGGAUUACCCUUUCUUCAUUCAGUCUAGAGUUAAUGCUUAUAACCUUAGUGAUACCUGUUACAAGUAUGAAUGGGAAAAAGCAAAAGCGAAGAAAUUUGAGGUGAAAGGGGAUGCAAUUUCUAUCCUUGCAGCCCGUGCUCACACUAACAUCGCCAGCGAUGUGAAAUACAAGAAGGAAUAUGAGAAGAACAGAGGGCAGAUGAUUGGGGCUCUCAGCAUCAAAGAUGACCCUAAGAUGAUGCAUUCAGUGCAUGUUGCUAAGAUCCAAAGCGAGCGUGAGUACAAGAAAGACUAUGAGAAGAUGAAGACCAAGUACCAUACUACACUGGACAUGAUGCUUGUGACACUUGCUAAGAAAUCUCAGGCCAUUGCCAGCAUGACUGGCUAUAAGAAUAUCCCAAACCGUUACCUCCUCCCUUAUGACAGCAUACCACUGGACCAUGCAAAGAAGGCCAAUGCUCUUCAGAGUGAUAAUGAAUACAAGUCCGACUUCAAUAACUACGUCAAAGGAACGCCUUGGGUGCCUUACGGCUCUAUAGAAGCUGAGAAAUCCAAGAAAGCAGGGGAGAUCUUAAGUGAGAGAAAAUACAGGCAGCAUCCAGACACCGUACCUUUUACCUCUAUAGAUGACCACCCCCUCCAACUGCAGGCUAAAGUCAACCAGAUGAUAAGAAGUGAUCUGCACUAUAAGAAAGGUCUGGAUAAAAUCCUUCAGAAAAACUCCCUGCCUCCUGAUGUCCCAGAGUUCCUUCAGGCCAGGUGUAAUGCCUACAACAUAAGCGAUAAAUGCUAUAAGCUUGAAUGGCUGAAGACCAUUGCAAAGGGCUACGAUUUGAAGCCUGACGCCAUCUCUGUAAAAGCUGCAAAGGCAGCAAGACAUGCUGCUAGUGAUGUUCAGUAUAAGAAGAAGUACAUGAAGGAAAGAGGCCACCAUGUUGGCUUCCGUAGUCUCCAGGACGACCCCUUGCUGGUGCACUACAUGGAAGUGGCUAAGAUUCAGAGUGAUAAACUCUACAAGAAGGAUUACCACAAGUCUAAGCUGAAGUACCAUACCCCUGUGGACAUGUUGAGUGUUGCACAGGCCAAACAUGCCUCAAAGGUUCAGACAUAUGCAGGAUACAAGCAGCAUUUCAAUCAUUACACCCUGCUGCCUGAUGCCAUGAACCUGGCAUUAGCUCGCUCCAUGAACAUCAGCUCCAGUGAUGUCCAGUAUAAACAGGACUAUGAUAACUACGUAAAGGGGACAGGCUGGAUCCCCAUCGGUUCUCUGGAUGUGGAAAGGGCAAAGACUGCUGCUGCAGCUCUCAAUGAGAAGAAGUACAGGCAGCACCCAGACACUAUCAAGUUCACCAGUGUUCUGGAAACCCCAGUCAUGGAACAAGCCAAACUGAAUGCACAGCAGCUAAGCGAUAGGCUGUACAAAGCCAGUGGUGAGAAGUUCAUGCACACUUACCAUCUCCCUGCUGAUGCACCAGAGCUUCUGCAAGCCAAAUACAACGCUGUCAAUAUCAGCAAUAAAUACUAUACCUACGCACACAAGAACGAUCUUCUGAAAGGGCAUCACAUGAAGCAUGAUGCCAUUCCUAUUGUUGCUGCGAAAUCCUCUAGGGAUAUUGCAAGUGAUUACAAGUAUAAGCUUGCUUAUCAGAAGGCAAGAGGUCACCAUGUUGGCUUCCGUAGUCUCCAGGACGACCCCUUGCUGGUGCACUACAUGGAGGUGGCAAAGAUGCAAAGCGAAAAGAACUACAAAAAGGAUUAUCACAAGUCUAAGCUGAAGUACCAUACCCCUGUUGACAUGCUGAGUGUUGUGCAGGCCAAAAAUGCCUCAAAGGUUCAGACAAAUGCAGGAUACAAGCAACAUUUUCAUCAUUACACCCUGCUGCCUGAUGCCAUGAACGUGGAACUGACUCGCAACAUGAUGGAGAUCCAGAGUGAUAAUUUGUACAAAUCAGAUUUCAACAACUACAAUGACACCGUUAAGGGUAUGGGUUGGGUGCCCAUUGGUUCACUGGCUGUAGAGACUGCAAAGGUUGGAGGGAGGAUCCUGAGUGAACACAACUACCGCACUCACCCCUCCAACUAUAAGUUCCACAAACUUAUGGAUUCUAUGGACUUGCAUUGGCUAAAAUCCUAUCAUGCUGCCUGGGAAAAGGACAAGCUCAAGAUUCAUGUGAUGCCUGACAGUCCUGAUAUUGUCCUGGCCAAGGCCAAUGCAUUGAACAUGAGCCAGAAACUCUACAAAGCUGGCCUUGAGGAAAUGAAUAAGAAAGGCUAUGACCUCAAACCAGAUGCUAUCUCAAUUGUGGCUGCCAAAGCAGGCAGGAAUAUUGCUAGCAAUUACAAGUAUAAACUGGCAUAUGAGAAAGCGAAAGGCCACCAUGUUGGCUUCCGUAGCCUCCAGGACGACCUGCUGGUGCACUACAUGGAAGUGGCUAAGAUACAGAGCGAGAGGAACUACAAAAAGGAUUACCACAAGUCUAAGCUGAAGUACCAUACCCCUGUGGACAUGUUGAGUGUUGUACAAGCCAAAACUGCCUCAAAGGUUCAGACAAAUGCAGGAUACAAGCAACAUUUUCAUCAUUACACCCUGCUGCCUGAUGCCAUGAACCUGGCGUUAGCUCGCUCCAUGAACGUCAGCUCCAGUGAUGUUGAGUACAAGAGUGAGUACAACUGCACACGGGUAAUGGGUAUGGGUUGCCCAUUGGUUCACUGCUGUAGAGACUGCAAAGAGGCUGGUCACGGGACGGUUGCACCCUCUGGCCUGCCCGUCUGCCCGGAGCCCAAGUCUCACCGCUCCCCCCGUUGUGCAGUUGAUAGAUGCUUUGAGCGGAGAAAUGCUGCACCAUGCUGA